AUGAGCGUGUUGUUGACGAGAUGCAAAGGAUUCGAAUCAAAUGAAAGUUUCAUCCUUGGACCACCCUUACAUCGAACUCGAGAUGACCCUCCUGUCUUCGGGAUAAGAGCCCAUAAAACAGGCAUCGAUGACUUCGAUAAUACACUCCCAGGUAACGUCAAUGAUGAUAGAAUAGCAUCUGAAGUCCAGAGUCAACGUCGGUAUCGUAGAUCUACGGAUUUCUCGUCGGAAGAGAGCGCGUCACUCGUCGAUAAGCAUAAUGAAUUAAGAGGACAGGUAUCCCCAGAAGCUUCCAAUAUGGAGUUCAUGAUCUGGGAUGACGACCUGGCUAUCAUGGCUCAAGAGUGGUCAGAUACCUGCUACUUCGCCCACGGUCAACCCGAUAACAUCUCACCAUUCAGUACAUUGGGGCAGAACCUAUGGUUGGGGUCGGCGGGGAAGAACGCCCCCGACGGGACGGGGGCGGUCCAGGCCUGGUACAAUGAAGUUCAAUACUACGAUUACAGCACAACGGAAUGCAGCUAUGUUUGUGGUCAUUAUACCCAGGUAGUAUGGGCUUCUUCCUAUGCAGUUGGGUGCGGAAGGUCACUCUGUGAGUUUGCUACAUCAGAAAGCUCCAACUAUACAAAUGUCUACAUUAUCACAUGUAACUACGGACCUGCAGGUAACUACGUUGGAUCACAGCCUUAUGAUGACGGUCCAAGCUGUACUCAAUGUGAUUCAGGAGUAGCACUCUGUUACAACAAUCUUUGCAAUGAAUGUUCUUUAGAAGAGCAAGGAUGUGAGUGUCGAGUCUCUUGUGAGAACUGCGCCACAAUAUCAAAUAACUGUACAUGUGAAUGCCAGGACGGAUGGUACGGCACUGAUUGCUCGACUGAAUGUGCUGACACCCACCAGUACUGCUGGAAUAGCCCAGGCUGGCCAGGACCAGAAUACUGUGGCGCGCACAACGCAGUGCCCAAAAGAUGCCCAUACAUGUGUGGUCUAUGCAAUCUUGCAGACCCAGACUUCGUUUGCGGUUCUUCUACAACACAAAUGGCUACUGCACAAGUAUCCACUAAUUCGACUCUUUCGUCGAUGACCACAAGCAGUCCUAAUCAAGGGGACAGCUCGACUUCUGUUCCGUCCAUGACGUCGACAGCGACAAUGACGACCAGCAGUCCUGAUCAAGAGGACGGCUCGACUUCUGUUCCGUCCAUGACGUCGACAGCGACAAUGACGACUAGCAGUCCUAAUCAAGGGGACAGCUCGACUUUUGUUUCGGCCACGACGUCGACAGCGACAAAGACGACUAGCAAUCCUGAUCAAGACGAAAGCUCGACUUCUGUUCCGUCCAUGACGUCGACAGCGACAAUGACGACCAGCAGUCCUUAUCAACAGGACGGCUCGACUUCUGUUCCGUCCAUGACGUCGACAGCGACAAUGACGACCAGCAGUCCUUAUCAACAGGACGGCUCAACUUCUGUUGCGUCCAUGACGUCGACAGCGACAAUGACGACCAACAGUCCUAAUCAAGAGGAUGACUCGACUUCUGUCCAUUCUAUGACGUCGACAGCGUCAACGACGGCAAGCAGUCCUAAUCAAGAGGAUGGCUCGACUUCUGUUCCGUCCAUGACGUCGACAGCGACAAUGAGCGCAGUUGAAACACAAACCUUGAGCACAACGUCUCAUUUGAUGACGACUUCAGCUUUAAUGGGUGACGAAACAACGUUUGCUAGUGAGACGACACCGCCACCGUUGACAUUUUCCUCCACCACUGAAGUAUCGAUUUCUUCUACCGGUCAAAAUAACGGUGAAAGUACCACAGUCUCUGCUGUUACCAAUGCUGGAUGUGAUGACAUCAUCUGCCAAAAUGGCGGAACGUUUGAAGAAGUUUCCUGUACUUGUCGAUGCGCCAAUGGAUAUCAGGGAGACGCAUGUCAAAAUUUAGAGUCGGAAGUCCAAUAUGGAGUUGAAAUUACACUUCAAGCAUCUAUCUAUAUGGUAAAUAAAUCGAAAUGAUAAUCGUUAUUAUUUUUCAGUGAUGAAACAUGUAUCACUUAAGAGAAAAUUAUAGAUUUGU